AUGCUGUCGAAUGAUAUUGAUGCACUCCGUACUCUUGUCGCUCGCUCCAGCCGACGACUCAACCGUUUACGAUGUCCUCUCUUGCGCCUGCCGCCGGAGAUUGUACGGUUGAUCAUCGAUCUCGUCGUUGACUGGGUCGUCAGAGAGCAUGGUCGUACGAAGAUGUGGAUGGCGCUCGGACAUGUGUGUCAUGACCUUCGGCUCAACCUUCUGAGUAUGCCCGUGCUCUGGGGAAGCCAAGCCUUUGCAUGGGAUGUCAUCGCCAAUGAGAGAUUUCUGGAGCGGGCGCAUGGCACCCCAAUCAAGAUAUUUCUCAGCUACUACUCUCGGGAAUCCCUUUGGGAGCUCGCCGCGCGACACGUCCAUCAGGCACAAGCUAUCGAGGCCACAGGCCGCGCGUCGAUUGGAACCAUCAUCCACGAGUUACACCGCAAUCUCCCUCUCAUAGAAUCAAUGCACUUGAUGACCUCGUUUGACGGGUCCUCAGUCAUAUUAUUGCCACAGACCUUCUCAGCACCCAACCUACGGCACUUGCGCCUCUCAGACAUUUCGAUGGACUUCCGUGUACUUCGGUUCACCAAUCUCACAACACUCGGGCUACAUAUCUCGUACAGGCAUUCCACGCCUCCUUCGACCACGCACUUUUUUGACUUCCUAAGAUCCUGUGUCAAUCUUCGCGUACUGGCCCUUCGUGGCUGCAUCCCGAGUUGGGCAGAAGGCGACGAAGAAGAGCAGUUAAACCCCAUUUCUCUCCCAUGGCUCUCGGCGCUUGGACUAGCGCAGGACCGUACCUCCAUCAUUCGAUUCUGGAGAAUGAUCAACAUACCGCCCUCGACUUCCAUCACAAUCUCUUUCGACGACGCGCGAAUGGAGCUCGAUGCCAAUUCGUUCAUGACUCAAGUCGAAGAUACGAGAGUGUUCUUGAACCAUGUUCUAGCUGUUGACAAUCGUGCUCUGCCGCCGGUGUCAGCGCUGAAGAUAACAGCGGGUGAAGAUGAAGAUGAAGACGCAUUCUGGUUUCGCUUUCGACUCUACCGUGCUGAAUGUGGAAUAGGCGCUGCUUGUUCUCUGGACAAGUCGCCUUCAAAGUGGUCAUGUGUCUCCUCGUUCGAAAUGACCCUUGACGAAUGGACGGGACGAGAGCUUGCGAAUGCCGUGGCGUGCUUCGCUUCUAUAUUCAAGCUCUCCCAAAUCUCACUGCUCUCCCUUGAUGGCGAUGACAUCAAUGGUUAUCUUCAAGUCCACGGCCUGGAUCCUUUAUACGUGCCGUUCCGGGCAGUUCAAACCCUCCAUCUGGGACAUUGCAGAGAUCCUGAGGCAUUCAUGCUCCUGGGUGGCUUUCCCCACGCUGCCAACCCAUCUCCGCCGCCUUGCCCCGCACUUCAGAACUUAUACCUAUCAUCGGACCAUGAUUUCCUGGUCGAUGUGGAUGGUCCUGAUUACUUCCCGCCAAUGUGCCGCCCAUUGGGCGAGAUGCUGAAGAAGCGUGACGCGUGUGGACAUCGCGUCACAAAUCUGGAUCUCGACUUCGGCGAGAUAUCAACAUCGGAGUACUUUUAUCUCCUCCGCUUCGUGGACGGGUUGUGCACUCAUUAG